AUGCAGCGACAGACGUUCUCUGAGAAAUCAAUGGCGCUUCUACAGGUUGCUCGAAGCGACCACUACUCUCGCCCCAACAUUUUACGUGAUUCGUGUCCUUCAAGAUUGCGGUCAUGUGUGCUUUUGCUAGUGCUCUGCGGCCUCUGGAUGCUCGUGAUGAUGGCCAAUUUGUUAGGCAUUAAUCAGAUUAUGGGGCGUAGCAUUAGCGUACCUGAAGGCGAUGAAGAGGUCCAUGAUAGUAGCUACAGACCACCAUCUCCUGCAAGAAGGGACUUGUUCUCGACCCACGACGAGAAGCGCAUGGAGAAGCAGCUGAUAUACACAAUCCACGAGACGGCGCAGCGGACAAUCGACAAGCGUGGUAUUGUGCUGCCAUUGUACGACGACAUUGCGACACUGGGCGUGUCUUUGAUCUUGGAGCUACGAGCGAUGGAUGUGCAUUUGCCAAUCGAAAUACCGUAUUGUGGAGAUUUAAAAGACUCGACGAUCCGCACAACCGUCAGCUUGCGGGAUGCGUCCGUGAAGGUCUUUUGUGAGAGUCUGAGCAACUGCUAUGAGUUGUUCCGAAGCUUUGACGUGAAGAUAGUGGCUGUGAUUUUAUCGCGGUUUGAAGAAGUUAUGCUGCUGGAUGCCGACACGUUGUUUUUCGAGAGCCCCGUGUCGCUUUGGGAUACGGACAAGUACCUGAGUACGGGCACGCUAUUCUUUUGUGAUCGUUUUAUUUCUGAUACAAAGCACUUGGGUAAAAUUCUCGAUGGUGGCAAAGGUGAUGUGCUGGAAAUACAUGACUUCAUGUCGCGAUUUGACGUGUCGCCUUUUAAGCCGUUGGGUUACAUCGAGCGGCCAAGGGCAACAAGCAAGAACAUGGUGCCGGUAAAGCUCAAAUUCUCACCGAGCGAGCAUUUGCUGACGAGUCAUUCGUGGAACUACCGCGCUGGCCACGAGAUGGACUCGUCGUUGGUACUAUGGAACAAGAAGCGGCAGCCACAAGCAACAGCAAUACUGGGAGCAUUCGUAGCGGUAAAUCGCAUCGGCCAACCACCUUCUUACGGGGAUAAGGAGCUGUUUUAUGCGGCCGCCGAGCUCGCUGAGACGCAGUACGCGUUUUCUGAUUUUGGAACCGGAGGCGCAGGUUGGGACUUUCGCGACUAUGGCCCCGGCAAGUCGGUGCUCUGCGGCUCCGCCACGCAUUAUUACCCCGUAAAACCGAAGGACAAAAGGCUCGCUGCUAAUGUUAGCGUGCUGUACCUCAACAGCGAUGACAUUCUGGUGUAUGAUCCCAAGAAAAAGCCCGUGUAUUAUACUCAGGCGCGGCCAUACCAGAAAUAUCCAGCUAAAUUGACGAUGCGUGGUCAGUUGUUAGAGUGUUUGUACGAUGAGACGGGUGUGCGCUUUUCUCCUGAGCAGGAGGAUCACAUGCUGCUACGUCAGCGCUUUCACGAGAUUGCUGAGGCCUGGUUGAAGUAG